GGUGAUGCAUUAUAAAUAUAUGCUUCUACGUACUAGCGUACAUAAGCGUUACAAUGUUGUGCUUUUGUCAAAUGUAUAUGUAUACGGAUAAACAAGAUUCCAUCGAAACGGUAAAUUUACGCACGUAACGCUGACUCGCGUGUUCCGGCCGAUCGAUCGCUACUACGAGGGAGCGAUUGGUUCGUUCGUUUCAUCAUUCCCUUAUAUUCGGCUGCUCAUCAAUAGCGUCGAAAUAAUGUUUCUGUCCGCCAAAAAAUUUGUGCACUAUGGAGUGUUGUUACUGUUAUGGAUAAAAUCAAGUUAUCAGCAAGAAGAGGAUAUACCUCAUAACGAAGUAAAAAACUGGGCCUUAAAAUUUGGCGUAGAUUUGUGGGAAUUUGGCAAACAAGUUACGAAAAUGAGCGAAAUACAAAGGAACUAUCACGAAAUGCAAGCAGAAGUUCUAAAGAAGGAUGGUCUUGUCUUAGUGCGAGAAAUGGCCGAAGAAGUAAAAAACACAUUGGACUUUAAAAUGAACGCUGUCAUGAAAUUGGUAGAGAGUGCGGAACAAGCAGCUGUGUCAGCACCUAGGGAAGGAAACGUAGCACCAAAAUAUUAUGCUUCUCAACACUUUGAUACUUCUUCAGGAGAUGGAAAAACAUUUGCAACCGGACAAGAAACCUUCCUCUCGUCUAAUCGACAUUUUGAUCAUUUAGCCGUAAACAUUACACUAUCCGCAGUCUUAUUACCUGCGGGUGUAAAAGAUAUCGACCCCGAAGUAGCCGCUGGAAUUCAAUGGAGCGAAUACUUGGAUUUGUUAUUUGUUAAUAAUUACGAAAGCGAUUCUUCACUUUCCUGGCAAUAUUACGGGGCAACUUCAGGAUUCUUAAGACGUUUCCCCGCCAUGUCCUGGCCACCUAUUGAAGAACGAAUUUUUGGCACAAGCAGCAACGGGAAUCGAAUUGUUCGAGAUGUGUACGAUUUUCGAAUUUCUAAUUGGUUCAUUGGAGCUGCAAAUAGUCCAAAAGACCUAGCGAUAUUGCUUGAUAAUGAAUGCUAUGUUUCUGAGAGAAAUAAACAUUUGGCUAUAACUACUGUCAAAACUAUACUCGACACUUUAGGUCCCAAUGACUAUGUUAAUGUUUAUCGUUAUGGAGACACUGCAGAAGAAAUCGUACAAUGUUUCAAAGACAGUUUAGUCCAAGCAUCACCCGAAAACGUACAAGAAUUGAAAAUAGCAACGAAUUCUAUAAAACACGAGGAAAUGCCAACAAAUAUAUCAGCUGCUCUUGGAACUGCCUUUGAAAUUCUUCUCAAAUACAACAGAACAGGGCAAGGAAGUCAGUGCAAUCAAGCAAUAAUGUUAAUCACAACCGAUAAUGCUGGUUUACCUACAGACGUGAUAAAACGUUACAAUUCGCCUCAUAUGCCUGUUCGUAUCUUUACGUAUCUCAUAGGUGGUGACAAAAGCCCAGAAUUACGCAACGCAGCAUGCGCAAACAAAGGAUUCUAUGCUAGAAUUACUGAAUUAGAAGACAUUAGGAGUCAAAUUUUUGAAUAUGUCAAAGUGCUCGCUCGACCUAUGGUGCUCUAUCAACACGAACAUCCUAUUCAUUGGAGUCCAGUUUAUGUUGGUGGAAAGAGUGGUAGAUAUGGCAAAGAAAACACCGGACAGUUGAUGACAUCAGUCACUGCGCCUAUUUUAGAUCGUCGGAAUUAUACGGUGAAAACGGCUAAUUUAUUAGGUAUUGUUGGUACCGAUGUACCCAUAGAAGAGAUACAAAAAUUGGUUCCACCUUAUAAGUUAGGUGUCAACGGAUACUCUUUUAUCGUAGACAAUAAUGGUCGUGUUUUGUAUCAUCCGGAUUUACGACCAUUGCCAGGGAACGUAGACUACGAGGAAACGCUAAAACCCUCGUAUAUUAGCGUAGACUUGUCGGAAGUCGAACUCGCCGAGUAUGAUGGACCACUGCAUCCGUUAAACAAUUCCCUUCUAUUAGAUUUGAGGCAUGAUAUGAUUGAUCAAAAGGAAGGGGAAACUAAUUUCGCGAUCAAGAUUCAUUACGAUAAUAUGAGACGAGUUACCAUUAGACGUCACAAUUAUUUCUAUAAAUCUAUAGAAGGAACGCCAUUUUCAUUGGGAUUAGCCUUGCCAGAAGGUUACGGUAUGUUUGAAUUGUUGGCCGAACAUGAAAUUAAACGUGCGAUAAUAAAUGUUACUGCCUAUUUUAAGGGGAACAAUUGGAAAGUACAUCCUGAUUGGGUGUACUGUGAAUAUAGUUCGACUUCCGAAAAAUGGUUCCCAUCCCCCGAAGAACGAGUUCUGCAUUUUUUGGCACGAACACGAAAUCCGGGGUGGAAAUGGAAGUCCUUGAGACCAAAGAGUCCGAUCUCGCUUCAUAAGCAAGCGAGCAAGCCUGACAAAGAUGCUUAUUAUUGUGAUAAAAAAUUAGUGCAGUCCCUCGUGUUGGACGCGUUGGUCACCGAUGGUUUCGACAAAAGAGGUGCGAUGCACAAAGAAGAAUAUCAAAGUCAAGGAAAAAGUACAUUUGAUGUAACACGGAGUUUCAUCGCAACUAGAAGUGGUCUAUUCCGUUGGCACGAACAUCAACAAAGCGAAGAAACCAACGAUCAACCACUAUUUGCCGAGAAAUAUGCGAGAGCUAUGGAUUCUUCGUGGUACAAACGAGCUGUGGAUCAACAUUUUAUAGAACCGGAAAGUUUUGUUUUUAGUGUGCCUUUCGAUGCCGCCGACAAUCCUAAUCCACUGGUCACCGCAACUCACGCCGUUUUCAUUGGGACGGGACAUAAAGCACCAGCAGCAGUUGUAGGUUUACAGUUUCAACAUUCUUCCUUGGCCUCUCGCUUCGUCAACAUUACCUCGACGUGCAGUGACACGAACUGUAAGAAAAAUUGCGCUUCCGAUGCACUAGACUGCUAUGUCUUAGACAAUAACGGAUUCAUUAUAAUUAGCGAACGUCAUGAGCACACGGGAAAAUUCUUUGGCGAAAUCGACGGUACUAUUAUGGAUUCCCUGGUUCAGGAUAGAAUUUAUAGAAAAGUAACAGUGACCGAUUAUCAGGGCAUAUGUAGUCCACAAGAGUCGCAUCAAUCGGCUGCACCGAAAACCUUUUCAGAAUCUAUCACAACAACGAUCGCGAUAUUGGGAAAUUUUCUUUGGAGUAUGGCGUUUGGUUUUAACUUUCAAAAUUUAUGGCAAGUUGCUUUCGCAUUCGCUGGCGAAUCUGCGAAGCCACUGGAUGAAGACACGAUCCGAGAAGUUCACGAAUUUGGAUCAUUAGCGAUAGGCGGGGACUCGACUGAUGAACCAACAUCGGAAGGAAAUGAAGCAUUUCCGAGGCUUCCAACAAUUGUUGCUGCAACCCCUGCCUCUCCUGGGACUACGCGAGCUACAUCUGCUCAUUAUCCUCAGAGAAAGCUAAGAACCUGCGAGAAAAAGACGGAUCUUUAUAUUUUACAACCCGAAAGGUUGAAUACUAGCGGACAAAGCAAUCCGUUGAAAGGAAAAUUAACUAACUGUCAUGAUACCGGUUGUGAGAGGCCAUUCAGCGUACAAAAAGUUCGUCAUACAAAUUUGAUUUUGCUGGUAGUAGACACAUUAUGCCCAUGUGGAAGUAAGCAAUUGAGCAUCGAGCCUAUAGAGGCCCUAAUAGAGCCUGGUGCUUGUACUGCAAGAAGAGAGCGUUUGUAUCGUCGUAGGCCUCCAAAAUGUAUAAACUAUCAUCCGGAAGAGAUGGAGAUAAAAUUUUGCGGUAGCGCGAGUCGUCCUUGUCAUUUCUUCUUCACGUUGGCUAUCGCGAUUGUCUCGAGUACUAUCGCGACAAGGCUUGCGUGACUUUAUUCGAAUUGAUUGUACACAUAUGCGCGCCACAUACACAUUUACACAUAUUUACACACAGGCAGACAUACACAUACUCACGAAUUAACGUUUUUGAAAUGAAUUUAGCGUUGCCGUUUCUAUGAAACAGUUAUGAAAAUGGUAUACUAGUUGAUCGGUUUAAUACCUUUAUGUAUAAUUGACAAAUACGUGCAUACGAGAGAACGAACGAGUGCAUACGUACGCGCGUGCGUGCGUAAGCACAUGCGUGCGUGCGUGCGUACGUGCGUACGUGCGAGAACAGGAUAAAUUUAUGUGCGUAAACUACACAGACACAUAAAAUACGUGUAAGUAUGAACAUUAAUUUAUACGCGUUCACGUACCUACAUAUGCACUCUAUGUGUACGCAACAAUCACAAGUAUGCGCAUGAUCGCGCCUUCAAUAGGCACGCGUGUGCAUGCAUACAGAGAGACAUGUACAUAUCCAAAUACAUAAUAUUAAUGUUGAUCUAUGAUUACAUAUCCCAUUAUAAAUUUUGUUGCGAAAAAUUGUGAAUAUUUCCUAAUCGUAUUACGUCGAAUCUAAGUCGUAACAUGUAAAGCAAAACGAUUAAAUCACAUGUAAUCGCGAUACAUAUUCGAAUAGAGUGGGAACGACAAUACGCAUAAAUGUUUAUUAAGAUCUCUUGAUAACCCGGCUAUAAUCGUGGCAAGAAGCGCAAUCGUUUUUUCCUUUUUCCAUUUUCUAUCAUUUGAACAAAUUAAUCGUGCUAAAUGAAAUAUUAGAUUUAUUUAUAUUUCGAUUUAACUGUAAAUGUAGUAUUACCGUCGUUUCCAUACUUUCUGAAAUCGGUAUAGGUAUCUACUGCUAAUCAUUUAUAAAUCAUAUGCAUGUACGAACAAUCCACGAAUUUGCGACAAUUUAACAGUCCAUAAUGCUCCGAGCGCGCGUAUUAUUAGUUGGUAACCGAAAGUUGCGCCAAAUUGUUCUUAUUUCGUGAAAACAUGCUCGAUGUACGAAAAAAGAACGAUUCGAAGUAUUGGAUUCACUGUGAUUCACGUUAUACAAUCGCAGCAUUCGAUACCCGUGUAAGUCGGAGGAAGCAAAUCAGACUUACAUUACGGUUCAAGUCAUCCGAAUUCUCAAUGUAAUUGUAAAAAAAUAUCGAUUUCACGUUUCUUAAAUUGUACUAUACGUAAGUACGUCUUUCCUGGACAAACGAUAUUGCAACAAAGGUAUCCUGUGUUACAGGACCUGAUGUUGGAUUUUGAUAUCACGCUUAGAAUUAUUUCAUUAGGUGUUGAUAUCUCUCUCUUUCUUCUAUUCUUCUUUUUCGAAUUUUACGCGAUUACUAAAAAUACUGUGAAAAAAUGAUCACGCAUGGUUCUACGAUAUAACAUUCAAAUUACCGUUUAUAACUCCGCAAAGGUGUAAUAAACUACAUUCACCAUAAGUUUAGGAACUGGCGAACACGGAUGGAAUAUUCGGCGCGAAGCUUGGAGCAAGUACCGGCUAGAAAAUCAACCAAUGUAGCAUUUUCUUUUUAUUAAAAUUUAAGAGAACCUAAACCGUAACGUGUUUCCGAGAAACUAUCAAUUUCAAAUGUAUGAAAAUAUUAAAGAUACGUGUAUGUAUCGAUUAUAUA